UGGAUUGAUAUUACUUCAGCUGUAAUUAAUUAAAUUCCGAUCAAAAAUAACUAAAGAAAUCUUGAGUUAAAAAAUGUUUCGAGCAAUUCUUAUCUCGUCGUUUCUUGCCCUUGCCGUCGCGCAAGUGCCAUUCAUCCACUUGUACAGUUUGUACGACAGCGUGGGUCCCUUCAACAUGUACUCGGAAAGGGACAUCCCAGACUUGACGAAGUACGAGUUGUUUUACGAGGGCAGUGAACAGAAUCCAGACUAUAUUUAUUGCCUGCAUGGAAAUUGGAUUUUACACGGAGCGGAAAAUUACACUACAGGCAGUGGAUAUUCAUACAUUUCCGAGUGGGAAUGGGAGACUUCAGGCUGUGUCAAAUCAUUUACAGGAUCUCGUCCCAAAUCCCUGAGAAUGACAGGAGUACCCGGAUCGAUAAACGCACCGAGCAUUAAUUUCUACCCGGCAGCUGACUUCAAGGGAGAACAUACCCUAGUGGCUGAUGACAUCCCGGAUGUGGACUUUACCUACAGAUCUGUUAUAGUCACCGGUCGCAGUUCUUAUUGGCUGCUGUAUCCAGCCGUCAAUUACAUCGGUUUUCCUGCCUGUGUGGAUAAUACGAAUUACAAUACCUCCUCGAUAAGAGUGAGGUCUGUUAAGAGACACACGGAAAGGUGCCCGUGCCUCUUUUGUGACAAGGUGGAACAGAAACAGCCAAACAUUGUGCGAAUUGCUAAACCCGUUUGAAAUCAUGAUUAUGUAAUAUCAAUUUAUGUAAAAUAAACAAAUGCACCUUUGUUGAAUAUGUGUUUAAGAGUAC